AGGGCCAUUGACCUAAUUUAAUAUACCCAUUGAUGCCCCAAUUUACCCGCAAACCGUGCCAGUCUAUAUGCUUGUCCAUAUCAGCCUUUUCCCAUAGUCCCAUAACAGCUAAUAGGACACGAGGCUGUUGACGGUGAAAAGAAAAGCCUGAAUACCGAAGACCCUUUUCACCAAGUAGGCCUGUACGAUCAUCAAUACGAUUGGUAUUUUGACGGAAACAAAAUUUCGGAAUAUGUUGACAUCUAUGUUUAUCCGAAAGGACAUGAAUUUGAGUAUCCGCUGAUUGAAGACCAUGUUCCAUUUCGAAUUGACAUGUCAACAUGGCAAAGAUUGAGAGCAAGUGCCAGAAAAGUGGUACGGCAAAACCGACAAAAUUUCAAUUGUAUCGCUCAGGAAGAGUUGCCUGAAAAUACGACAUAUGUGUACAACCUGUGCCUAACAUGGUGUCUGAGGCGCACGCUGCUCAACCAUGCAAGGUGCACCAUCCCAGAACUGGAUCACUUCAUAUACAACUUCACACACGUACUGGAAAUCUACCUGGCCUCGCCGCCCGCGAAGCGUGGCCCUCUGCGUAGCAGCCUCUACUUCAACAGUGACACCGCGUGGCCGUGGAUGCAGGACUACCUGUACCUGAAGCCGUGCGACUCGGCGCAGUCCUUCCGCGAGACGUUCGAAGUGUUCGAGAUGACGUUCUUCCCGCGCGGUGACAAGUUCGCCAUGAACGCCUCGUGUGGAACCGAGUGUCCGCCCGACUGCGUCGAGUACCACGGCCUGCUGGCCACAGAGGGAACUGAGCUCCAUCCGGCCACCGAGCGGAUUCACGGUGUCACAGUCUACUUCAACGCGCGCGUGGAGGAGAUUCACGAAAAGUGGAAGUACACCAUCUCGCAGCUACUGAUCGACAUCUCUGGUGUGAUGAGUUUCCUGCUGGGCCUGUCGCUGGUUGCCAUCCACGAGUGGUGCUUCAUCCUGAUCAAGUGGCUGGUGGAGCGCAGCACGUUCCGCCAGGGGCCGCUCGACCUCGAGCCGGCCUACCUGCGCGACGAGCUGCGCUACGACGACUACCACGAGUAUGACGAUGACUAUUACCGGGACGGACAGCAGUCGCCGCGUUCGCACCAUUCCAGAGACUACGACUACUACUAUGAUGACUACGGAGGAGAGUAUGACUCCUACGAUGACUACGGCGAACCGUACUAUGAUGACUACGGUGACGAGAGUUUUGACUACGCCGGAGAUGAGAAGGUUCUGGACGCGGCACACUCUGGAAUUAUGUUUGAUCAGGCCUCGCUAAUGGCGAGCAGGGAACUCCAUACCAAAUCAUCACACUUGGCGCCCUGAGUACGGGAAAAGCAUCAGAAAAGUGUGUGAAAUGUGUUACUGGUGCAUGACAACAAGAAAACAGCAGUGUCACUUAUAUUUGUGCCGUGCUCUACAAUGUAAGUAAUUGGAGAGAGCAGCGUAACUUCCUACAUGUGUCCAUGUCCGGUGUCAACCAGUACACUGCUGUUAUGCUGUCUGUGAUUGUAUUUGUGUCUGUCUGACUUUGCGCUAUUUCCCACGGUUGGUAAAUAAAGUUGAAUGCGUUGUGGA